GUGUUGGCGCACUCUCCCAAUCUUUGUGGCAGCGGGUUUCUCAGCUUUCAUGGCCCCAAAUAGCUUUCGUGGAAGGAAAUUUUAAUUUUGCGUUUGUGUCCGGUUCCUCGUUGUGUAUCGCAUUGUACCAGCUCAGAUAUCAGGAGUUAAAAUGACCUAGAAAAGCAUUCAAAGCAUGGACUGUGAAAUGAACUCCUUCCACCUGAUACUGAAAGAAGGUAAAUUGAAACUCCAAAAAUGAUGACCUGCUCAUUGGUCAGGUCCAGACAAAGCACAUAUAAGGCAACUAAAUAAGGACUGUGGUAUGAAGGUUUUGUCAGAUAAACUGUCCAAAAGAACUACUUACCUGGAGACUGUUACAUUAAAUUGUUGAGCUCUGCACUGUGUGACCCUCCCUGAUACCCCGGGCACUUCUGCAUAUGAAGUGCUUCAAAAGAAGGAACUGCUGUGGUUUAUUUAAGACUGAAGUGAAUUACAUUGGAUAUAAAAGAGAAAUGCAGGGUGCAGAGGGCAGUGCAGCUUGAACAGUCUUGCUACACCAAUGGAAAAAACUUAUAGUUUGCAGCAAAAUAUGACAUCUAUAUUUUUGGUCAUUGGUCGUCUCAUUGUAGUGAUGCCUCUCUUCAGUGCUGCAGAAGGGUGUGUUAUUUGUGAUUACUUUGUGCUUGUUGGGGAGCCUAUAGCUAUUACUUGCCCAAUAAUUACAUUGCCAGUGCUUCACUCUGAUUACAAUUUGACAUGGUAUAAAAAUGGUAGUGCUACACCAGUGACCACAGAGAGAGAUGCCAGGAUCCACCAGCGAGAAGGUUUACUUUGGUUUAUUCCUGCAAUGCUGGAAGAUUCUGGACUUUAUGAAUGCAAUGUAAGGAGCCUUAACGACUCUAACAAAAAAACUAUAAACGUAACAGUUUUUAAGAAUGAUAAUAGUUUGUGUUUUAAUGGAAAAAUGAAGUUUGAACAAAAAGUGAUGAGCACGAAUACUGGAAAGAUUAUAUGUCCUGAUCUAGAACAAUUUAAAGAUGAAGACAAUAAUCAGCCUGAAGUACAUUGGUAUAAGGAGUGUAAACCUGGAUUUCUUGAAGACAAGCGGCUUCUUUUGGCAGAGGGUGAAAAUGCUGUCUUGAUUCGUAAUGUGACUGUGCAAGACAGAGGAAACUACACGUGCCAUAUGGUAUACACAUAUAUGGGAAAACAAUAUAAUGUUUCAAGAACCAUAAGUCUAGAGGUCAAAGAAAAACCACUGCAGAUGCAACCAGAGUUUAUUUAUCCAAGGAACAAUACAAUUGAAGUAGAACUUGGCUCUCAUAUAGUUAUGGAAUGUAAUGUAUCAAGUGGCAUAAAUGGCUUAAUUCCAUUCUGGCAAGUUAAUGAUGAGGAUGUUGAUAUCUUUGAUAAAACCUACAGAGAACAGUUUUAUGAAGAGGGGUUGCCUCAUGGACUUGCUGUAUCUGGAACAAAAUUUAACAUUUCAAAAGUGAAAGUAAAGGACUAUGCUCAUAAAUUCUUCUGCCACUUCAUAUAUGGUUCUCAACAAUUUACAGCCUACAUCAAAUUGGAAUACCCAGCUCGAAACAUUCAGGGAUACUUAAUUGGAGGAGGAGUUUCCUUGGUAUUUUUAGUAUUUUUUACUCUCUUUAUCUACAAGAUCUUCAAAAUUGAUAUUGUGCUUUGGUAUCGGGACUCCUGCCAUCCUUUCCUGGGGAAAAAAGUUUCAGAUGACAAGAUCUAUGAUGCUUAUGUUCUGUAUCCAAAGAACAGAGAAAGCUGCUUGUAUUCAUCAGAUAUUUUUGCUCUGAAGAUACUGCCAGAGGUCUUAGAAAGACAGUGUGGAUAUAACCUCUUCAUACUUGGGAGAGAUGAUUUACCAGGAGAAGCUGUGAUCAGCGUUGCUGAUGAAAAAAUCCGCCAAAGUAGGAGAGUGAUAAUUGUUUUAGUACCAGAGCCCUCCUGUUACACCAUUCUGGAAGAUGAGUCUGAAAAGCAGCUAGCCAUGCAUAGUGCUCUUAUCCAAGAUGGCAUUAAAGUAAUUCUCAUUGAACUUGAAAAAAUACAAGAUUAUGCAACCAUGCCAGAAUCCAUCAGAUAUAUUAAGCAAAAGCAUGGGGCUAUCCGAUGGAAAGGGGACUUCUCAGAAAGGUCCCACUCAGCAAGUACCAGAUUCUGGAAGAAAGUGCGCUACCAGAUGCCGGCCAAGAAAAGUGGCUCUUUAUCAGAAUUGCAUUUGUUACCAAAAGACUUGAAUUUGCCUUAAAUAACAAAUGAGAAAUGAUACUUAAAGACUGGUUCAGUUCACACAGUUGCUGGUGGAUUGACUGAAGGUCACAUGGAUCUGUUUUGUGCAAUCUCAUCCAAAUUUACUGGAGUGAAGGUACUACAGCUUCAUCUACAGAUGUGAAUGUUUUUCUGCUUCUGGCUGGAGCAACAGAACACUUUGAAAUAUCAUCAGUAGCACAUGUAGGAAGUAUACAAUUUGAGGAAAGAUAAAUCCCCCUGUGUUAUUGCAUCAGUGUGUUAUCAUCCAGGAGAAAAGCUCCUUUAUCUUGAAACAAGCAACUUGCUUUUGUGUCCAACUCCAUCACUUUCCAAGCUCUACUUGAAGGCUCUUGCUAAUACAGCAUUAGGCAGAAUAUUUCUCUCUGGUAUCUCCACUUGUUUAUCUGAAAAAAAUCAUGUUCUGCAACCUUCAGAAUUCAUCUAUUCAUUCACAUACUCCAGUGUUGGCCUCUCUUUUUUCAUGGCUCAAGCAAUUUUCCUAUGCCUCCAUACUCAACCAAACAAAACUGUUCCGGCUGCUCACAGUAUGCAGGCCAGCCAACAGAGUUCCAGCGACCUCAAACCUCCUAAUUACUUCUGCUGACUGGAAUAGAUUGAAAGGAGAACUGCUACUUGUUACCCCUAACUUUAGGAAUGAAAGGUUAUUUUACUGAGCCAAAAUAUGUUAAAACAAACAAACAAACUUGUUCCUUUUGAUGUGUUUAUACAAAUGAUGCUGAAGUUUUCACGUGUGUUAUGUAAAGGCACUUUGAGGAAGAGUCCAUUUUAAAAUUUAAUAAAGGCACUACAUAUUUUUUUCGUACAGCACUGCUUUUAUUUUGCCCUCAUUUCUCUACUAAAGCAUGCUGAGAAUGGACAAUGGCAAGUGGCAGUUGUGACUCAGUGGUUUAAUAAGACUGCUGUAACAGAUCUUCAUUCAGGCUGCUGCCAGUCAAUCUGGCAGUGGUAUAACACUAGCACAAACCACCUCACCCUGCCUGGGCAAACAGAGGCUGUGAGCUUGGCUCUGCUCUCUCUGGUACUCUUCUUGCAGCAAGGUGAAGCUAGAGCAGCCCCAAGGCUGCUGCAUUGCUCUCUGGGACCAGCACAGUGCUCAGCAGUGCCAUUCUGAGCAGCCUUCUGCUGUGGCUCCUCAGGAGCUAGGGAAAUGCAGCUUUUGUAUUUCUUGGUUGUUUAAAUAUGCUAGGUUAUUUUCUCUGCCCUUCUUCACUUUCUAAAUUGCAUUUAAAAAGGACACCUUAAUUUUUUGUCCAUAUAAACACACAAAAAGUGAUUGAUAGUUCUCUUGGCUAGAAUGGCUCUAAAAGCGAAGGUGGCUCAGUGCAUCUGAAGAGCAUCACUGAGUAACUUUUCCACACACCUUGUCCUGAUGGACUGCUCCAGCUCUGCAGGGCUUGUAGCAGGCUUCUCAGCAUCUCGUGGGCAAAACCAGCAGUUAGCUAUGAUACACGAAGUGGGGGGGAAAAAAAAGGGUUUUCAGAGAUGUUUUAAUGUGAAAAGGAUUGCUAUUGUUACCAGCAAAAUUACUUUCUGCAGGAGUGUUACAGAUUUUGAAUUAGGUUAUUUGUAUUGUCUUAAUUAUUUGUUAUUUGUAUUGUUUUAAUAACUGUUAUUGCAUUUAGAAAUUUCAUAGGCCUAAAGACAAAGGGUUUCUUAGAUUGAGAUGGGAUCUUGUUCUAACUGGUUGUGGGUCCCUAGAGGGCAGUCCUGGGCCACCUACUCUGAGGCAGCUGACGCUUGGGAUCUCCUUGGGCUAAAGGCAACAACGACUUAAACUUUAUGGUAGGCUGGACAGUCUGUAGCAGCAGCUUCAACAUUUCUGAACAACGUGUGGCAGCUGUGCUUUUUGAUCAGCCAGUGCAUUAAGGUUUUCUGGUCAACAUGUGGCAACAACAAAUUAAACUUUUAGGAAGAGGAAGAAAGGAAGAAGGAAAGACAGGGAAAUAAGAGAAAAAAAAAAGAUCUAAGUGAGCACCCAGAGUUCCAGCACUAUCUCUGGUUGGGUUCCUGCAGAUGGUGAGUGCAGGGAUGAUGGGUUCACACGCUGUCCCUCUCUGUUUUGCUAUUUAUAAACCAAUUCUUGCCCAUGUGCAUUUUGUUAUUCUUGAACUUUUCAGAAGCAGACUGGGGGGGGUCUUAUAGCUUCAAGUCCCCUCCCCUGACA